AUGAGUUCAGCAAUUCUUGUUCGAGAUCAUGUCGAAGAUAACGCAAUUACUCCUGCUCGUCCCAGAGGUCGUCAGAUCGGUCAAGUUGUUGCCCCAUACCGUUCCAGAGUACCCGUUAACGUAAUUGCAACUGAAUUAGACCAUUUAUCAGGAAGACCUGAGGAUACAGAAAGAUAUGUUGGUGAGGAACUCGGUGUUUUUCAAUUGGUUGAUCUCAAGUGUAAUGUUGCGGGUUGCCAAAAGGACAUGUAUCGUAAGUGGAGGGAGAAUCGUGGAAGAUAUUAUUAUCAUUGCAACGGUAGUAGCGAUACGCACAAGAAACGUUAUCAAUCAGCUGCCAAGAACACCUUUUUUUAUCGCAGAAAACUUAGAAUCGAUUUGUCUUACCGCAGUCUCAAUCAAUACGUGGAAAACUCUUCAAUCACAAAAGUUCAUGGUAGAUACACGAUAUCUCUCCCUGCCGUUGGAAAAUUAACCAAGGACGUCAAUACUCUUAUGCUCUGUGAUUACGUCAACAGAAACAUGCCCUUUCGUCUAGGCUCUUCACCUGAUUGCGAUCAUAUCCAGAUCGACGAAUCAAAGUUUGGUAAACGUAAGCACCACCGAGGACAUCGCGUUGAGGGUGUCUGGGUGUUCGGUAUGGUGGAAGCCAUUAAAGUCGGUGAGGAGGUGUCCAAGACCAACGGCCGUUUUACAAGAAGCCUUUGUUUCGUGCUGGCCGAUUUUUAUGGUUGGAAGGGAUAUGACUUUAUGCAUCCCCCUGAUGUUCUUUUGGAGGAUGGAACCUACGAAAAUAACGAAGGCCGGUACGAAGAUGGUGAUUAUUACUUCAGACAACACCAAGUUGUUAAUCACUCAAAAAGUUUUGGUACCAAGGAUCAGGUUAGGUAUUGUGCGGAGAAACUUUUGGAGUAUCUGUGGAAAAAAGAAAAUCCAAGCGUUUUGGAAGGAUUGAAUCGUGCGUUGAAGGAGGUAGUAUACACUUCUGGUACAGUAGGUCCAAUUGCAGAGCUUAACGUACCGCAAUUGUUUACAAGAGGGGAAAAUGGACUCUGUCCAGAGCGCCAACGUCAGCAUGAAGCCCGCUUGGAAUCUCGUCGUGUCGCCUGGAUUCGACGCAAUCCGAAUGGAGCUGAAAAUGAUGCUAGCUCAUCCGGCAGUGAUGACGAAGGUCACUCGUCCAAUAGCAAUGCUUCCGAAGGCAGUAAAGAUUCUGACUGGAGUGGUAACAAAGACAAUGACAUGGGUGAGUGGAACGAAUCUGGUGCAGAUGAUCUUCCUGUUCAACAAGCCGAAGCCAAUCCAGAAGCAAGCCAAGACAAUCAGCGUAGAAGCGUAACUGCAGCAAGUGGUACAAGAAGAGCAACUAGAGCAACAGUCGCUUCCUCCCAGGCUGAAACCUCUUCAGCCUCAUCUGGUUUUUUCCCGUAG